GUAGCUACGAAGACGGAGAACAAAACGGAUCCCACCUCUUCCUCCGCUGCCCUCUUCCUUUCCGUCCUUGACCGACUGUUCCAUCCUCCCUAGUAGCGAGCCCGGUUGUAGACGAAACAAACAAACACACACACCGCACCAUUGAGUCCCGGACUAUACAGUGGCCGUCUAUUAGGCCUUACAUUUUAUUCUAGUUGGAUUGAAAGAAAAUAUAAUCGCGAAGCUGGAUUGCGUACCUUUCGAGUCUCGUCAAUACCUAACACGAGACCAUGGGAAACCAAACAUCGAAGGAGGGAGGAAGCUCCAAGGGCUCAGGAGGCGCAUCCGGCGGAGAUCGCGAAGGAAAUCUACAAUCGUAUCCUUCGUUUGGUAAGUCGGAUACCAAGGAAUCCUCCCGCUCAUUCAAAAACCUCCGAUCCAAGAUACCCGGUACUGGGAGAACGGACAGUCCGCGAAGCUCGGCCAUUAUGUCCAAUGGAGAUGCUACUGCAGACAAGUCAGAUGUGGCAUCCGUGAAAUCCGCGAAAAGCAGCAAGUCGAGAGGUGGCCGCAACGAUUCCUUCGCUUCUCCAUCGGCACCGAGAUCGCCGGAUGUAGAGAAACUACUUGACGAUUCGCAACCACCCCCUUCUCCUGUUCAGUCCGCUUCUAUUAGGGCUGGGCAUGGCAACAUAAACGCCGCUCAAGCCUCUGGCGAGGUCGAUCACGUGUCUGACCAGCCACCCUCGGGAGUCGUGAAUCCGAACCCACAUAUCCAGCAACAACCUGGAGCUCCUAUCUUGGUGAAAAAGGAGAAUACUAUUAACCCUAUUAUAUCGGUACCGCCACCAUCUAAAGAUGACACGUCGCCUGGUGGAGUUGCUAUGAGUGACAUUAAGGAUAUCGACCUUGAUGAUUUUAUCAAACGCCUUCUAGACGCUGCCUAUGCCGGGAAGGUCACGAAGAGUGUAUGCCUGAAGAACGCCGAGAUAGUCGCCAUCUGCCAAAGGGCUCGCGAGUGCCUUUUGUCCCAACCUGCAUUGCUAGAGCUCGAUGCGCCAGUCAAGAUUGUUGGCGACGUUCACGGCCAGUACACGGACCUGAUCCGCAUGUUUGAGAUGUGCGGCUUUCCACCGAGUGCAAACUACCUGUUUCUUGGAGACUACGUCGACAGAGGCAAGCAGUCACUAGAGACUAUCCUACUUCUAUUAUGCUAUAAGCUUAAGUACCCCGAGAACUUCUUUCUCCUACGGGGCAACCACGAAUGCGCCAACGUGACGAGGGUCUAUGGAUUCUACGAUGAAUGCAAACGAAGAUGCAACGUCAAGAUUUGGAAAACCUUCAUUGACUGUUUUAACACCCUCCCGAUUGCUGCCAUCGUUGCCGGAAAGAUCUUCUGCGUUCACGGCGGUCUUUCCCCAGCUCUAAGCCAUAUGGAUGACAUUCGCAACAUUGCUCGACCUACCGAUGUUCCCGAUUACGGUCUACUGAACGACUUGCUUUGGUCAGACCCUGCUGAUAUGGAGGCGGACUGGGAGGCCAACGAGAGGGGGGUCAGCUAUUGCUUCGGCAAGAAGGUUAUUACUGAUUUCCUCGCCACCCAUGACUUUGAUUUAGUCUGUCGUGCGCAUAUGGUUGUCGAAGACGGAUACGAAUUCUUUAAUGACAGAGUCCUGGUCACUGUCUUUAGCGCACCAAAUUAUUGUGGCGAAUUUGAUAACUGGGGAGCUGUCAUGUCUGUUUCCUCGGAGCUCUUGUGUAGCUUCGAACUGCUUAAGCCGCUCGACUCGUCCGCGCUCAAGAGCCAUAUCAAGAAAGGCAGAAACAAGCGCCAAAACAUGUUAAACAGCCCUCCUGCCAGCGUGUACCCUCAGAGUGUAUAGGGUGAUACUCCCCGGAGGGCCCCUCAAGAGAAGGCCCUUGCCAAUAUAAUCAUACGGACGACUUCAUUUCGCGUGGAAACGAAUCGAAGAACCCCCCCAAAGUAGAGUAUGGACCUGAGA